UCGUGCAACUGAACCAGUCUCGCGGCGAGCGUCGUACAGUGCGUAUUGUCCGAGAGAGUGGUGUUGUGUAGAAUCGAUUAGUAUCGAUUCGAGUGAGUUUGAAAACUUCCGCGAACUCGAGCGUCGUGUGUGCGUGACAGGCGACGUGUGACACUUCUCGCGCGCCAACUGAAAACGCUGGAUUUAAAUUGGCUCGUGAAAAUUUUAAGAUCGCAACGGAAGUCGUCAGGGAGAGCGUAAAAGUGGCGGGAACACGCGUCGCCAUGGGUACCGUGUGUUGUGGCCUGCGGGUGUAGUGCGAACCCCGUGAUCGCGGGGCAGAGUCCGGCGAAAAAGAACGAGAGAAAAACGGGAGAGAAAGGGCGAACGAGGGAAGGAGAGGAUAAGGUGAAAGGAACGGGUCGAAGAGGGACACGGAAUCGCGUGGACAAGCGGGAUCGGCGAAACUUUGAAAGACUGCUCUCUCGUGGCUGACGGCGAAGAGAGGGAAACAGCAGGAAGAGAGAGGGAGAGAAAGAGAGAGAAUAAUGCGGACUCGUUGCUUCCGCUUUGAUCAACAGCACGUUCGGAUCUGCUCGUAAUUUUGCGAGGAGAUCUAACGAACGGUGAGAUGACUCGACGAAGAAGAGCGCCCAUCACGUUAAGAGUAUGCACAGGCGUGUUCCUGCUACUCUUCAGCGUCGUAGUCGCCGACACGACGAAAGGUCCUCCUCUUUCGGACAAGCCCUUCGCCACGUCCGAAAAGAACGCGACAGACUUCAAACCCGAAAGCAUAGAACCGACUAGAACGAAUGUCGAAACGAUAGACGUUGCUAAAGAUGCCAAAGCAGAGGACAAGGAGAAAGUGGCGAUGCCGAUCGGCGAGGAGUCCGUGGUGCAGGAAAUCAGGUCGCCCGAUGAACUGGACAGGUUAUCGACCGCGGAUUCGACUAACGGAGGAUCGAAAUUGGAGGAGAUCCUCUACGGGACUUUAGGAAAGAGCUCGAGUACGAAAACGGUCUCUGAGGACUCUUACAGGCUGUCCAGAACGAACGGUUUGACCACCGUGACCACGAAACCCGUGUCGGAGGAAUUAAAGCCGGACGACAAGAAGAAUAAAACGGUUUCCGGUCAGAGAGCGGAGGACAAACAGUCGAACAAAACCGCGUCUCUUGAUGAGGAUUCAAAGGACGUGGAAACGAAAAAAUCUGCUCUGAAUUUGGAAAUACUUAACGACAGAGAUGAAUCGAGCACGCAGGCGACUCGUCCGGAGCAGUUUCAGGAGAGGAGAAAAAAGGCUGAGCAUCCGAGUUCAACGAAGAACUCCGAGGUCCCAGAUCUGAAAGAAGCUGACGUGAAUGGAGGACACGACGGAUCUAUCUCGUUAAUCAACGACACGUACGUUAACUAUAGCCCUUAUUACAAAACCUCGACGGAGAAGAACGUCGAUGGCUCGGAAAAUCAGUCAAGGGCUAACAACACCACGAACUCCGUCUCCGAUGUGACUCACAAGACGCAGGAUCCCAAAGGGGAGGUGGAGGUCGUCGGGAGCGUGACUCACCCGGUGAUUCAAAGAAUCGUGGAAUCCCAAAAUUCGACGCUGAAGGACGCCAGCCUCGAGAACGAGUUGAACCAGAGAUCCAAUCAGGACUCGGCCCAUAAUUCGACCAAAGACCUGGAUUCGAUCGGGGAAAAUCAGCAGAAAUUGAUACAAAUUACUACAGAAAGAACGAGCCGCGAAGAGACGACGCUUCAGACCUCCAGCCCUGUCCCUAGGGGCCGAACCAUCGCUUUCUCUGGCGUGAACGAAUUUCCGAGCUUGGAAACGAAACCUACGACAGCCACCAAAUUGGACGGCGUCUACUCGACGAGAAAUAUCACGACCCCACAGAAACCUUACCCCUACGCGAAAGCGAGCAGCGAGCAGCUCCACAACUCCAGCAAUCAGUUGGACUCCACGACGGAGGAGGUCUCCGCUCUGGAAAACACGAUCGGCAAAGGCGGGUCGGACGAGAAGUUCAUCGUCACGGAGGCUUCGGACGUUUUGGAGAACAGCAUUCAACAGUUCAAGACGCACUACGAGAAACCUGGCAACGAGUCGAUUGUUUCCAGCACGGAAGCCCGAUCGCCGGUAACGACUCCAGCGUCCACUCCGAAGCUGGAAGAAGCCAGACCGACGAACGAGAGCGCUCUCGACAAAUCGAACCUGAAGGGGAUCGCGAAGUCCGAGGAAAAAGCGAACAACGGAAAUGACGUUCCUCGGUGGAGCGAGGCUCGCGAAGGAAUUACUGGAAAGGACUUUGACGUGACCGGCAACCGAAUAACGGAAGGCAGCCUAAAACCGGAAAACGUCGAUAAGCGGACUUACGACGUUCCUUCGGAGACCGGUCGAACAACGACGGCCACACCGGAGCAAACGGAGGACGGACUUUCCAACGCCGACGUGCAGACGAACGCCGAGGGCUCUCUGCUCAUCCGCUCCAGCCUCAACGCCACGGAACUUUCUACCGAGUACCCGCUGAUCAAAGGGAAUUUUUCGGACGUGACCACACUGGACACCACCACGGUUAAGGCGACCGAGAGUCCGACCACAGUGCAGGAAACGGUAGGAAACGUUACGCAGCUUCCUAGCUUUCCCGACGCGAACGGAACGAACGAAAUCCCUUCCGGUGCGAGCGGCACUUCCAGUCCGGAUGAAACUUUCGUGCCCACUACGACCAGCAUCGAGUACCAGUUUGUUGGCCUCUCGGAGUCCACCACUUUUCUCAGCAGGAACGUAACCGAGGGUGUUUCCACGGAACUGCCGGAUCACAAUUCGUUCACGAGGAGUCCUCUGAACGAGACUUCCACGGUGGCCGGAGAAACUACUACGGAUAAUCCCUCUUCCACCGAGGAGUCCGAAGGCACCACGGAGGACAGGUCCUCGAGUGUUACUGACCAGACUGUUACGGUGCCAAGUCUGACGACGCAGGCUGACGACUUUACAACCGUCUCGGGUAUCGUCGAAGCAGAGACGGAUCAGACAUCCACCAAGGAAGAGGAGCAGAGAAUCAGCGUGACGGAGUCUUGGUCCACGAGCGAUAAGGACAUCACCGAGACGGUUAAAGUGGAACAGACAACCUUGCCAAGUGCCAAAGAUAUUCAUACGGUGGUGAAUGUUAGCGAGACUACCGUGGAAUUCACGACGGAUAUUAGCACGACAGAUGCCAUUCGAGAGGCUACUUCCAGCCCCUUUGUCCCCAGUCUACGGCCAAGGAUCCCGGUUUCGAGUACCACCAACCCUCCAGCUGUUUCCGACAUAACGAUUAGGGUGACAGACGAGACGAAGGUGUCGCCCACUCAGGAAGAGGUUAUGCCGUUGGUUCGCAUUGUCAUGGAGGGCAGCUUACACGACGUGUGUCUGAAGAAGAACGAGUUGAGGUCCGCACUGGCGGAGAUCCUGAAAUCGGGCGUCAACAAGACGAUUUCUGACGAGCAAAUUAUCUUUCAUCAAGAUCCCUGCCAGGAAUCUGCGACUUCGACUCCGACAUCCGACAUGACGUCGAUACUCGUUUACGUCGUUGACGAGAACGGAAAAGUGGACAGCGCCAUGACCACCAUUUUGCCAGAUUUGUACAAAAACUCGCACGUGAUAUUCCCUGUCAAAAUACACAGCUUUGUUGUGGUACAGGAACCAAUUCCGGACUCCGGAAACGCGAUAGCGGUCGUCGUGGUCUCCUCGAUUGCCUUCAUUUGUCUGGUUCUUCUGGCUGGUCUUCUGUUUAUAAUGAGGAAGAGGCAAACGAGGUUCAACUACGGCGAACGAUGUCGUCCAGUGUCCUUGGAUGCUUACAGCCUUGACAGUGUUUCUGCAUACAACAGUGUUAGGCGAAAAGGUGUGGCACGGUCGUCGAAAAGAAGUUAUGGGAAUCCGACUUUCGAAGAUUCGAGCGCGAUACCGUCCCACCCCUUGAAUUUCGCCGGCCUUUCAUCUUUCUGUAACGACGUUAAUGCAAUCAACGAAGAAUUCGCCGGUAUUCCGCAAGUUUCGGCGAAGAUUGACGAGAUGCCGAACGGGGCAGAAGUGAAGAACCGAUACGCGAACGUGAUACCGCUUCCGGAGACCAGGGUACCGUUGCAAAAAAUUAACAACGAUCCUCUUACGGAGUACAUCAACGCCAGUUACGUUAGGGGACCAAAGAAUGCCAUGAGGUAUUACAUCGCCUGCCAAGCACCAAUGGACUCAACCGUCACUGACUUCUGGAGAAUGAUCUGGGAACAGCAGUGCAAAGUCAUCAUCAUGUUAACCGAUCUCGUUGAAAACGGGGUUGAAAAGUGUACCGAGUAUAUACCACCCUCGGAAAUUACCGAUUGCCACCGGUUGUACGGUGACUUCCAAGUUACGUUGAAGAAGAGGGAAACCAAAGAAAAAUAUGCUAUUUCCACCCUUCAUUUAAAGAAUUUGGAGAACAACACGUUCCGAGAAGUGUACCACAUCUGGUAUUUGUGGCCUGUAAACGGGGCACAAUCAGACGGAGCAGGUUUAAUAGCCGUGCUCCUGGAAGCAAGGGCACUCCAAAGGGGUGGCCCUGGACCCAUUGUGGUCCACUGUAGUCCCGGCACUGGACGCACGGGAACGUUAAUAGCUCUUGACCUAGGAAUUAGACAAUAUGAGAUUACGAGGACUGUGGACGUGCCAAGGGUCGUUUACACUAUCAGACGGGACCGUGCUGGAGCUGUCCAGACGAAAGAACAAUACGCUUUUGUUUACAAGGCAUUACAUUUGUACGCGACCAAACUUGCCGGCGGUAUAUUAGAAUCAACAUGAACGACAGCAGGUUGAGAAGAAAAUCAGAGUCUACACAGAGAACUACUGUAUCCAUGAACGAUAUACCAGAAGAUGAAGAAACAAGAGAUACGAAACGCUAGCAAUUGGAUAAAGAAAUAAUCUGCGAAGAAAUGACAUGUGAUACGUGGACCAUAGGGACGAUCGAAUUUCGCUUUGAACAUUUGUCAAUCGAUGUCUGAAGAUUUUGAAAGAGUUACUGUUUUUCUCAUUUCGUCGUUAUUAGUAUUCUUGGUGUUAUUAGUUCAUGUAAUCUCAUUAAAUUUUCUGUUUGGAAUAAUUUUUAAAUGGACUGAUUGAAAAUUUUGUAAACCGGUUCUACUUAACCUGCAACUGGUACGGUAGCCAUCUUGUUUUACUGAUAUGGUAGCCAUUUUGUGCGUUUCAGAGGAAGCAGAGUGUUUCAAAAUUUAAUAAUUAGUUCUGUGAACAGAAAGAUUUGAAAGAGGAAUUGAAAAAUUUUAUAUAAUUAAAAAAUAAAUAAUUUUGUAUCAUGAUGAUAUUACAAGUCAAACUUAACUUAAUUUUAUUUAAGAAUCAGUUUCAUGUUUAGAAACAAUAUGCACUCUUAGUGUCUGAUAAACCUCAUCCAGUCAGUUACAGGUUAAAAAAUUAAUAUUAAAAGACUAAUGCUUAAAAUUCACAAAAUGAAUAAUGACAAGUUCUAAAUUAUACUUCAUAGAAUGUUAUAAAAAAUUAUUCUAAAUUGAGUUCAUGAAAAAUUAUAAUAAUUCAUACUGCAUUUUUACUAAAAUCGAGUACAAGCUUAAAAGCUGUCACCACUUUCUUCAAUAAAAUGAAAUAGAUUUACAUAAAGCUAAUUCAACACUGCGAAAAACUGAUUUCGACCAACAGAAAGAUUUAGAUAUUUAACCAACAAGUUAAAUACGUUGUAAACAGCAAAGAUCGAGAGACAGAAAUUAAUUUGUGAUAUCCGGACCAUCCGUCGACGACAUUCGAUUUCGUAUUUCUUAGGCGUAUUCGAUUUCGUAAAAGUCUUUUUACGGUAGAUUUCGUCUCCUUUGUCCAUAUUAUAAUAUACAUAUAUAUACAUUGUGUAUACACAUAUAUUUAUAAACAAUAAGGUAACUAAGGAUAGAUAUUUAAUGUUGAUAUCGUGCGUAGCUGAUAGAAUUCCUGAAAGGCUGUCGUGGAAGAAUUUCUUGAAAAAAUAAUGGAGACAUUGUACGACCAAACGAAAUGCUUCGACGUUAAAGCAUAAUACCCGAGAAUUAUACAUAUAUUUUUUAUCGUUUAAUGUUGUAAAAAGAAGUACAUAUGCGUGUAUUAAUUAUUUAGCGUUACUGUCGUUUUAUUAGUAAUGUUACGUUCGUGAGGAUCCAAAGAGAUUGCAGGAUCAAUGUCCUUUUCUUCUUCUUUCUCUCUUCUUUACCGAACGACCUAUAGGUAUUAUUGUUAUUAUUGUUAUUGUUGUUGUUGUCAUUGUACAGAUGUUUUCAUUCGUAGCAGGUCGCUCUCUAUAAUUGUACAUAGAAAGUUUGGAAACACGGAUUUAUUGUAUCGAUUACGUUGUAUUUAAUUCGUUAGAGCACUUCUUUGUAAACUGUCUAUGCGAGAAUACUGUCGGAUUUUUGUGGAAAAUGUGCGUACAUUUUCUUAAGACUGCACAGAUAUGUUUUGCCAAUUUUGCAGGAUUUCACACUGCUUCUGUGAACACUCAUGUAUUUUUUUGUAAAGAUUGUCUUUGAAUUUCAAAGUUUCUGAUUGAAAGUUUGAGAUCAUCGAGAUGGUUAGAAUUGUGAGCACCAGAGUGCGCUGCAUGGACGUGCAAAUGGACGCUUAUGGACGUCUUUCAAUUUGU